ACUGGAAGAAGGAAAAUUAUUUGAUUUGUUGCAAGCACAUCUUCUUCGUAUCAGUGAAUCAUGGGCGGAUCCGCAAUAGGUAAGAGAAAAGGGGAAGAUCCUUUGAUAAUAUUGCUAUGAGAGACUUUAACUGUUUUAUUGAGGAAGCAGAGCUAGAAGAUUUGCCUCUGGUGGGAAGGAAAUACACAUGGUUCAGGUCCGAUGGCACAGCAAUGAGUAGGCUUGAUAGAUUCUUGAUGUCCACAGAGUUCCUCCUCAACUUUCCUGAUCUUAUUCAAAAAGGUUUGAAAAGAGAUAUCUCAUAUCACUGCCCAAUCCUACUUGUUAAUUCAGGUAAGGACUGGGGACCCAAACCUUUUAGAAGUUUAGACUGUUGGCUUGAUCAUAAGGAAUUUAGCACUUUUGUCCAGGAAAAAUGGAAUAGCUAUAAUGUGGAAGGUAGGGAAGGAUUCAGAUUGAAGGAGAAACUAAAAUGGCUAAAGAGUGAUUUGAAGGAAUGGAACAAGGAGGUUUUUGGUCACAUUGAUAAGAAUUUAGAGAUUUUUAGAGAUGAGAUUAAGAUGAUUGAUGAUAAAGGUGAGAAUGGUAUAUUAUUAGAAGUCGAGAUUGAACAGAGGCGUGCAUUCUUCCAAGAAUUCUGGGAAUGGAGCUCGAGAAAAGACAGCUUGUUGUUCCAAAAAUCAAGACAAAGAUGGUUGCAAGAAGGUGAUGCCAACAGUAAGUAUUUUCAUGGGUGUAUAGUUCGGAGACAGAAAAGGAAUGGAAUUGAAGGGGUAAUGAAGAAUAAGGUCUGGAUUGAGGAUGUACCAGAGGUGAAAAAAUAUAUCAAAGAAUAUUUUGAGCUCAAAUUCCAAGAGGAUGAGUGGAGCAGACCCAGUGUAAACCUGAAUGGCUUAGAGCAAUUGGGCUUAGAGGAAAACAGUUGGCUGAUUGCAGAGUUCUCUGAGGAAGAAAUUAGGGAGACUGUCUGGAACUGCAAUGGGAGUAAAAGCCCAGGACCAGAUGGGUUCAACUUCAACUUCAUUAAAAGACUAUGGCCAACUCUAAAACAAGAUAUUGUAGCAUUUGCAAAAGAGUUUUGGGCUAAUGGAAAGCUGGUGAAAGGAAAUGGAAUUGUGAUCGCAAAUGAGGUUAUUCAUGAAGCUAACAGGAGGAAAAGGCCCACUUUGAUAUUCAAAGCCGACUUUGAAAAAGCUUACGACAGUGUUAAUUGGAAUUUUCUUGAUUCGAUGAUGAAUAAGUUUGGGUUUUGCUUGAAAUGGAGAUCGUGGAUAAAGGAAUGUUUAUUAACCUCAUCUGUAUCAGUGUUGGUAAAUGGCAGCCCCACAGAGGAGUUUCGUAUGAAGAAAGGGUUGCGACAAGGAGAUCCUUUAGCGCCCUUUUUAUUUCUUUUGGUUGCUGAAGCAUUAAAUGGGCUAAUUCUCAAAGCAAAGGAGCAAAAUCUCUACAAAGGAAGUAAGGUGGGAAUCGAGGGACUCGAGAUCACACACCUCCAGUUCGCCGAUGACUCGAUCUUCUUCUGUGAAGCAUCAGCUCAAAAUAUUAAGGCAAUUAAAGGAGUGCUUCGAACCUUCGAGUUGGUUUCGGGACUCAAGGUGAACUUCUUUAAAAGUGCUUUGUAUGGAAUCAAUGUGAACCCAGUCGAUCUUUGUGACUGGGCUGAAACACUUAACUGUGUAGUGGGCACUAUUCCUUUCAAAUAUCUCGGGAUUCCUAUUGGUGCUAAUCCAAGAAAGCUGUCAACCUGGACUCCUGUUAUUGAGGGCCUGAGACGUAAAUUGUCUAACUGGAAGUGUGAAUCACUGUCCUUUGGUGGAAGAAUAGUUCUCUUGAAUGCUGUCCUAUCAAAGGGUGUUAGGAAGAUAGCAUGGGUUAAAUGGGAUAAAGUAUGUAGAAAUAAAAAGGAGGGAGGUCUAGGUGUUAAGGAUUUAGAUAGAUUUAAUUUGGCACUCUUAGGAAAAUGGCGAUGGAGACUAGUGGUAGAAAAAGAUGCAUUAUGGAAUAAGGUGGUUGAGGCAAAAUAUGGGGUUCAUAGGAGAAGGGAUUGGGUGGGGAAGGAGGUGAAAUCUAAUUGCUCCUCUUGGUGGAAGGCACUUUGGAAUUUAGAUAAAGACCUCAGAACUAAGGAAGGAUGGGUUCAUAAAGGUAUGGUGAAGACCAUGGGGGAAGGGAAUGAUACUCUAUUCUGGCAUGAAAAAUGGUGUGGGGAUAUGUCCUUUAAGGAGAAGUUUAAUAGGUUAUUUAGGUUGGCAGAACAUAAGGAUGUGCUGGAAAAUAAAGGCUUGGCUGGUCAAUUUACAAUAGAGUUAACGGCACGUUUAAAAGGCUGCAUUACUUAUGGGAUGGUAGGAAAAAUUAGUCAUGAUCUGACUUAUCCAUCCUUUGGUGGUGUCAUGGGAUGGGACAAAGUCUAUCCUCUUCUUUAUCCCAUCCUAACUUAAUGAAAUGAAAUCUAUUCCAUGUC